AGCAGGCUCUUUUGAAUGCCAAUGUCGGGCCAACUGGGCAGUAUGGCGGUGGGCAGUGGGGGUAAUAAGCGUCGUGGUGCCAGCUCUAGCGCCACCAAUGCAGGCGCUUCCACUUCCUCCAACUCCUCUUCCUCAUCGUCGUCUUCCUCGUCCUCCUCUUCUUCAGCUGCCUCUGUGAUGCCAGUGUCCAACGAUCUCCUCUCGCUGUUUGAGUGUCCUGUCUGCUUUGACUUUGUGCUGCCGCCGAUUCUGCAAUGUCAGAGUGGUCACCUGGUUUGCUCCAACUGUCGGCCUAAACUCACCUGUUGUCCUACUUGUCGCGGACCUUUAGGUAAUAUUCGCAAUCUGAGUAUGGAGAAGGUCGCGAGCACCAUAUGUGAGUACUACUUCCUCAGUGGCAGCUAUAUUCUAGGUGCUAGCUGCAAGUGGCAAGGAGCUCUUGAACAAGUAAUGCCUCAUUUGAUGAUGUCUCAUAAAUCAAUCACUACUCUCCAGGGCGAAGACAUAGUUUUUCUGGCCACCGAUAUAAAUCUACCGGGCGCAGUCGACUGGGUCAUGAUGCAGUCCUGUUUUGGUCACCACUUCAUGCUGGUCCUAGAAAAGCAAGAAAAAUUUGAUGGCCACCAACAGUUCUUCGCCGUUGUCCAACUGAUUGGCUCUAGAAAACAAGCAGAGAUUUUCGCUUAUAGGCUAGAGCUAAAUGGUCAUCGACGGCGAUUGACCUGGGAAGCAACUCCGCGUAGUGUUCAUGAGGGAGUCGCUUCGGCUAUCUUGAACUCAGACUGCUUAGUCUUCGACACUAGCAUCGCUCAGCUAUUUGCUGACAAUGGAAAUUUGGGUAUAAAUGUUACUAUUUCAAUGGUCUGAAAGAAUCCAUCAAGAAUCAAGAAUCGCGCAAUCGACAAUGCACAGGUGUUUGUUUGACUUCAUCAUCUCAUAUUCUUAAAGUUGGUAGACGGCGUUUUGUUUUAACCUCAAACCUUUUGCUCAGACUUGUCAUCGAUUCUUUGAUACGGCUUAUGAGAUAGUUGAAGCUGGACAGUGGCGCUCUUAUAGAAUAUUUCGAUUGUUUUAUGUAUUAUUUAUUAUUUCACUAUAUAGUUCUGAGUAUGUGUUGCACUUGUGAUAGAUUGGCACUUUUCGUGCUGAAUCUUUAUUCGACUCGAACGGAUUUCUUUGGAAUAAUACUAAAAUAUUUAACAAUAAGUGUAACAAAAUAAUCCAGUAAUUUAGUAUAGAUGUGUAUAUAAUAUGUACUAGUUGAUCUAUUUUUCUAAUGAUUUCAACUACAAUUCUUUGAAUGUUUUCAACUACUAUUUAUAUUUUAUUUGUAAGUUCACAUUAAUUUUUAUUCAAAAUAAAUUUCUGAAAUCUGAAUAUUGUUUUAUGUUAAUAUCUUGUUGUCAUAACGAUGAGCAUUCAUUAUAUCUCCAGCCUCAGAUAUAGAUUAAAUUUGUUUAAUGUUUUCAGUGUUAUGUUACCACAAUUUAUUAGUGUUUGGCAUUUCUGUAUGAUUUUGUUAACAGUCUUCCUUAUUCUUGUAUCAUCUUGACUAUACACAAACACAAAAUGUUGUUUUAUAACUGAAAUGUUAUAAUAACUGAACUUGCUGCAAUUAUAUUCAUAACUUUUAGAAAUAUUAUACUCGAAUAAUUUUGAAACUUCAUACUGUAAUAUUCGUUAUCGAAUUACUUGUAAGUAAAUAUUGUAAUUCGAAGUAUACCUUGUAUUUUUUCUCACCAAAUAGUUUAGAAAUUUUCUUGUAAGUAUAUUUCUAUAUGUAAUUUCCUGUAUCAAUCGAAUAAUUUCACAUUAUUAUAUGAAUUGUAAUAUUAUUGAUUCUUUUAGUUAAUAUAUUCCAUAAGAAUAUAAUUGAUAAUUCCACGUUAGUCCACAAUUGGUUAGAAUAUUUUGAUCUGGUUUCGAAAAACUAGUCCAAUAAUGUUGAAUUGCAGUGAUUUUGUCUCUCCGGAACCUAAUUACUUCAAGGAAUCCAUGACAAGAAUUCUACUGAAUACUAAAAUUUGCAAUUUACACUUUUGUAUGUAAUAAAAAUAUUAUCAAAUCAUUGAAUUCUAACUUUCCGGAACUUCAAUAAAAAUCAUUGAUCACUACUUUUUCAUGCUAAUUAUACUUUACAAAAUUUGGGUAUCAUGUUAUUUUAAAAUUAGGAAAUUUAGGUAUCAUGUAUGUUUAACAGUUAACGAGAAAUUAUAUUUCCACUCCUCUGAAAAUUCAUUCAUAGCUGUUAUUACAGCAUUUCGAAAUAAUAAUGUGCAAUUGAAUACUGUGACUAAGAAUUAAUUUUUGACGCCUUUACUAUACAGUUGGCUACUACAAUCCUUCUCAAGACACGGUCAAUUUUUGUUUUCUAUUUUGUUGAAAAGAUGAUAAACUAAUACAUUGAGUCUAUACAAAAGUUACAAUUUAUCAAUAUCAAAUUGAAAAAACAAGCGAAUUCAUAUUGAUUCUUGGAUUAUACUUCUCAUAAGACACCAGUAGAUUUUUCUAAUACAUUGAGUUUUUGUUAGAAGUUGUAAUCUUUCCACUUAUUAAUUUCAAUAUAAAAUUGUGAAUUGGAAAAACGAGUGAAUAAAUAUUGAUUUUUUUAUUAA